GAAAGGAAGGUUUUGCCAACAUGUUUGUGUGUAGACACCUGCGUGUAUAGUCUUUUUUUCAACACACACGUAAGCACACUACAUGCUGUUCUGCAUUUUGCUUAUUUCCGUUUCACACUAAAUCAUGGAAAUUGUUCCCCAUGGGCACACGCAGACUUGUCUUUUUCACAUGUGUGUUUGUAAUUAAUCCAUCCCCAUUGAAGGAUGUGUUAGUGCUUUACAGCUGUUAGCCUGAACAGAUAACACUGCAGGGAACCUUCUUGUGCACACACCUUCCUUGCACACAUGAGCUCUUCUGGGAGAUAUUUAAAACAGAGAGCGAUUGCCUCACUGCCCCCCGGUAGUUUUUCCCCCACCCUCAAUGAGAGUCAUGUUCUUUUCACAAUAACAGCUAAAUUGCUAAAACCUUUGAGGAAAUGGAGGCUAAUAAGAUAAAAAAUAAAUAAAUGUGCAAGAUUAUUAAAUUUGUAUAAUCUGUACAAAAUUUUACAGCCCCUAAUACUUACUAUAGCUCCUUUGGGUGUCUGCUCACUGCUCUUAUUUCUGAAGGUAGUCUGUGCAUGCUACUGUAACAAAAUGCCAUAGACACGGUGACUUGUAAACAACAGAAAUUUAUUUCUCACAGUUCUGGAGGCUGGAAGUCCAAGAUCAGCAUGAUGGGGUUCUGGGGAAAGCCCUCUCCCAGGUCCAGACUGCUGACUUCUUGCCAUGUCCUCACAUGGCAGAAGGGAAAGGGAUCUCCCUGGCGUCUCUCCUUAUAAGGGCAGUAAUCCUAUUCAUGAGGGCUCCCCCCUCUUAACCUAAUCAUCUCCACGACUCCAUGAAGGGAAGGGACACAUCCAGCCUAUAGCAGUGGGAUUCACCAGGUUUUCCCCAGCGGACUUCAGACAUACAUCUAAUCAGGAUCUGAAGAAUGAAGAUAUUCAGAUGUUGUAUUCAGUACCCCCUGCAGCAGAAAGUUUUCGUCUUGUUCUUAACCCUGUGGCUGCUCUCCUUGUUGAAGCUUCUAAAUGUCGGAAGACUCCUCUUCACCCAGAAGGGCAUUUACUUGGUCGAGCACGCCCUGAGCACCUCCCCUUUUGUGAGGAACAGGUACCCCCCUGUUAACCACGACGUUGGGUAUGAAGUUAACUGCUCGGGUAUCUAUGAGCAGGAGCCUUUGGAAAUUGGCAAGACUCUGGAGAUAAGAAGAAAAGACAUUGUUGACCUGGAUGAUGGCGAUGUUGUGGCGAUGACCAGCAACUGUGACAUUUAUCUGACCCUAAGGAGGUACCAUGAAAAGCUUGUUUCAAAGGAGGAGAAAAGCUUCCCAAUAGCCUAUUCUUUGGUUGUUCACAAAGAUGCAAUUAUGGUUGAAAGGCUAAUCCAUGCUCUGUACAACCAGCACAACAUCUACUGCAUCCAUUAUGACCAGAAGUCAUCUGACACCUUCAAAGUCGCCAUGAACAAUUUAGCGAAGUGCUUCCCCAACAUUUUCAUUGCUUCCAAGUUAGAGACUGUGCAGUAUGCCCACAUUUCCAGACUCCAAGCUGAUUUAAAUUGCUUGUCAGACCUUCUCAAGUCUUCAGUUCAGUGGAAAUAUGUUAUCAACCUGUGUGGGCAAGACUUCCCUUUGAAGUCAAACUUUGAAUUAGUGUCAGAGCUGAAGAAACUCAAUGGAGCGAAUAUGUUAGAGACGGUGAAACCCCCUGGCAGUAAGAUGGAAAGAUUCACUUAUCACCACGAACUCAGACAGGUGCCUUACGAAUAUGUGAAGCUGCCAGUAAGGACCAACAUCUCCAAAGCAGCCCCCCCUCAUAACAUCGAGGUAUUUGUUGGCAGUGCUUAUUUUGUUUUAAGUCGAGCAUUUGUUAAAUAUGUUUUCAACAACUCCCUCGUUAAAGACUUUUUGGCCUGGUCUGAAGAUACAUACUCGCCUGAUGAGCAUUUUUGGGCUACCUUAAUUCGGGUACCAGGAAUACCUGGGGAGAUUUCUCGGUCAGCCCAGGAUGUGUCUGACCUACAGAGUAAGACUCGCCUGGUCAAGUGGAAUUAUCACGAAGGCCUUUUCUACCCCAGUUGCACUGGCGCUCACCGCCGAAGUGUAUGUAUCUAUGGAGCAGCGGAAUUGAGGUGGCUUAUCAAAGAUGGACAUUGGUUUGCUAAUAAAUUUGAUUCUAAGGUGGACCCUGUCCUGAUUAAGUGCUUGGCAGAAAAGCUGGAAGAACAACAGAGAGAGUGGAUCACUUUGUCUUCAGAAAAGUUAUUUAUGGAUAAAAAUCCCACAAUCUCGUCGUGAUGAAAUCAUGAUGGAAACAAGUGUCUGACAAAUGGAGUUAAUGUGGAGUUAUUCACUAUACCAUGCCCAGGACCACCUGAGCUUAACCUUCUCAUAGCUUGAAAGGUAUCUAAAAUUCCAUGCACAGGGAAGGUGACUUAGCCUUUGGUGACAAUCAGCCUGCAGUUGGUUUAGUACUUUGGUUUGUUUCUGCCUGUAAUUUCACUGAGCUAAAUCAGAGAUCUUAAACCUGUCAUCAAAUAUUUAUUGAGCUCCUACUGUAGGCUGGGCACUUUUUUAGAAAUGUGUAGCAAUUAAAUCCAAGGUUUAAUGAGUUUUACAGUGCCCUCAGGGACUGUGUCUUACUUACCCUGCUCGUGCAGCAACCUUAAUACCCUAAGUUCUCCACAUAACAACCUGCUGAGGAAGUCUUGGAGUGUGUAGUGAUCACCCAUAUGAACCACCCGUUUCAGACUAGCAUUUAAGUACAGCGACCAACACUCCACCUGUCUCAUAAUUCAACUCACUCGGCUUUUUCUAGCCAUUAGAAUAUUAGAAGGAGAGACUUCACUCUCUCAGAAGAGCUUAAAGAAUUGCCCAGUUUCCUGCUUGGCCAAGCAUAAUUUACCUUGUGGCGCCCACUCACUCAGUUCAGGGUCAGGAGACUGGGCGUGGCAUUCACAGCGUCUGACUGCUGGGGAGGUGGUUGGGGUAAGUAGGGGGAUUGAGACACAUGGGGCUUGAAGAGGAACAAAGGGAUUUCUAUGACUUUUGCAUCAUGUUACACAACGGUGUCAUGCUGGCCUCCUUUUUAAUUCAACUGUUUCUUUAAAGCACAUUUACUGAUUAAAAAUGAGAGCUGAUUAAUACUGAGAGUGCUAUAUUCCAGAACACUGAACCUAAGUCUUCCAGUUCAUAGAUUACCAUUAUGUGUAAGUUUCUUUACAAUGGAAUUAGUAUAAUUUUGUUUUAUGGAACUACCAAACUGAGAGUCACUGAAUUUUCUUGAAAAGGCUAUAUGAAAUAUGACAGCUUUCUAAAUUAAUUAUUACGGUCGCUUUAAAACAAUUUCUUCUCCAGCAACUGUCCAAGUAGAACCCAGACUUAAAGUUAUGAAAGUGUGUUGCAUUCUUCUUAGCUUAGAUCCAAAGAGAAAAACCUAAUUUUCCUAAGAACAUAGCCAGAAUAUUCAUUAAAAAUAUUUUGUAAAAGCUACACCUUAGACAACCACCAAAUGAGUCAAAUAUACAUCUAUUGUAGUGUGACUGUAUGGUGCUGGAGGUGGAAUGGGGCAGGAGCAGAGUUCUGAGCACAGGAUAUAACAUCUUUACGUCUCUUGGGAAAUCAUGGAACUCGUAAAAAUUUCUCUGUGAUCUUAUGCUUCAGUGUCAGCCUCAGGAACUAUAUAAAGAUGUAGUGAUCAAGGCCAGCGUGAGACUGUUCGGAAGAUUGAAGUAUUUAAGUACCUUUUAAAAUAUCUGUGUUCUAAAUGUCUGUGAAAUGAACUUUGCUUGUUUUAAAGUUCAUAAUGCUAACUGCCAGGUGGCACCAUUCUCUUCCCCCCUUAUCUUGAACUCAUUUUUCUUCCUUUCUUUUCCCUACCCCUUCAAAUUACUUUAUUCUUCAGAAAACAACGAUUACCAAGGCCCUGUUCUUAAAAAUAAGUAACUGUUGGGUAGCCCUGAGUUCUGCAGAACAUCCCUACCAGGUCAUUAGUGUGUGUGACCCUGACAAGCUGUCACUUUGGGCUCGAUGAGCCUUUCCUGGUUUUUGAAGUGAGCGCUUGGUUGCCUAUCCUGGCUUCUUCACAAGUUUGGUUUUUUGGGUGUGUUUUUUUGGCGAAAAUAAAUUGAAAUAGUAUAUGAAGUGGUA